AUGCCAAGCCAAACAUUCCUUUCCAAGUCUUUUGCUCCUUCAGGGCGCUAUGACAUCCGUGGGUCAAUUGCAGAUCUCCCAUUUGACGGUAAACUCAAUCAUCAUCUUGCCCUUGACAAAAAGUGUCCUACUUUAAAGAACCUCCAGGGCUCUUGCGGGUUUCCGGCACUGAACGUCAUCCAUGGACAACGCCUCUACCGAGUGACAUGCCCGGAAGAUUUUUGGUCCACCAAGGAUAGGAUGGUUGAGUUGGAAAAAGAGUUUGACGCUUGGAAUGCGCCAGGCUUGACAAAGCAUCAGCGUCUGAUGCUUUGUGAAACCAAACCACCUGGCUUUGCUCUUGUUGUUUGCAACGGGGCGGACGACAAACCAUGUCAUUUGUGCUUCCUCUCCACUCCCGUCUUGACAAAAUCAAAUAUGAAUGAGCGGAGCGGCUUCAGCGCACCUGUGUUGGCUGACAUCUUUGAUGAUGCAGUGCUCCAACAUUUUGAAUGUUUGAAUCGAGUUGGAGAACCAAACCAUGUGAUGUUGGGUUCUUUCUGUGGCACUACCUUUGGUGUGCCACCGGAUGAAGGGCGACCGGCCUUUACAGAAGCUUUGUUGCCCGUAAUUAUGUCUGAUGGAAAGGCCAUAGGUCAAAAACCGCUGAAUGGAAAUUCUUGGAAAAUUCUGAUUUUUCCACAUAUGUCCAAAUGUCUAAAUUGA